AUGAGUUCGGGGAAAAUAGCUGCUCAGCAUGCAACGCUGGCAUGCUACAAAAUCGCAAUGACAGUGAACCCGAAGUUGCUGCGGCAGUGGGACCAAGCUGGCCAAACGAAAGUCGUUCUGCGUUGCACAGGUGAAGAAGAGCUCCUCGUGCUGGAGGCUCGAGCCCGAAGCCUGAAGCUUUGUGUAAGAUCGAUCGAAGACGCUGGAAAGACACAGAUCGCGGCUGGUUCGAGGACGGUUCUUGGGAUAUUAGGAUCUGGGAGGUUGGUUAAUCAGGUUACUGGCAAGUUGAGACUGUUAUGA